AUGUCUUCCCCCGAGAAGCCAGGGAUCCUCCUCUCGCCCAACCACCUAGGCGAUGCAGGCAACAAGUCCAACGACCAUUACAAGGUGCGAUUAUCUCCCUUCCGGUACAAGAUCCGGUCGGUGUUGUUGCCAUACGUACGGAAGGAGACUGAGGUGUUGAAAUCGCUCCAGGGUGCCAUCCGCACCCCUUUUCUCGACUUCUACUUUGCCUGGACUGCAAACUUGGCCUCCCAUACCUUCUAUGUGCUCAUGCUCCCGAUACCCAUUUGGUUUGGAGCAAGCACGUUGGCUCGAGACUUGGUCCAUGUUUUAGGGCUCGGGAUCUACUUCACUGGGUUCCUUAAGGACUACUUCUGCUUGCCCAGACCCAGGUCUCCCCCUGUUAAAAGAAUCACCAUGCUGGGAUACACGGCCCAAGAAUACGGGUUCCCAUCCAGUCAUAGUGCCAAUGCCACUGCUGUGACCUUGGUACUAGCUGCCAAGGUCUUAGAAUACCAGGCCACCCUUUCCACCACCAUCUACUAUACAUUAUUGGCAAUUUUGGCGGUGUAUUAUGUAUCAUUAAUUUUUGGACGUCUCUACUGUGGCAUGCAUGGAUUUUUGGAUCUUUUGGUGGGAUGCUCAGUGGGAACUGCAUGUUUUAUGUUUAGACAUUUCUUUGGGAAAGCGUGGGACAACUUCUUAUUCUCGAAUGAUUUUACCUGGACCACAGUGGUAGGAAUAAUCAUGGGCUACGUGGGGUUGAUUCAUAUUCAUGCCGAGCCGGUGGAUGAUUGUCCCUGUUUUGACGACUCUGUUGCUUUCAUUGGAGUUCUCAUUGGUUUAGACUUGUCUCACUUGGUGGCGUAUAAAACACAAUACUUGGCAUCUAAAAACAUCUUUCAAGAUCCUCUUCUCGUCAACUAUGACUACAUGACGUUCGGAAUUGUCAAGCAGAUCGCAAGAGUUGCAUUGGGAGUGGUGUUGGUAGUGAUCUGGAAGGCGAUCUCCAAGCCGAUCGUUUUCACAAUUCUUCCACCCAUUUAUAAAGUUAUUGGUGUCUAUUUGCCGCGUCGUAAUUUCAUUGCUACUGCCCACACCAAGAAAUCCAACCGCCAUAUCAGAAGCACCUCAAUCACCAAUUUGAGUAAGAACGACUUGGGUGCAAAUGCCAUUGGUGACUUCAACAAGUUCAUCAAGGGGGUUACUGAGCAUGACCAGAAAUUGGCCAUGGGUCCCGAGACCGAAAUCGACUACUAUGAGAUGUUGGCGUACGCCAAUGAAGCGCCGGAAAAAGCAGUAGAGGAGUUUCCUAGUCUCGAGAGACGAGAGUCAACUGAAAAGGUGCCACCUUUGGCCGGGGUUUUUAAGCCCAGGUACGACGUGGAGAUUAUUGGAAGGUUAGUGGUCUACGCAGGUGUGGCCACCACCGCAGUUUGGGGCUUCCAAUUGGUGUCCGAGGUCUUGCAAUUGAGUUGA